UUUCGCGAAAGGCAUGGAAGCAUAAAACAAUAUAUAAGAGAAAGAAACAACCCUAGAAUUAGAAGUCUGGACGGAGGGGUCGCAUUUAGCUAUCGCCUAUCGCGUAUGCGCGAUUCGUAACGAUUAAAUAUGCGAUAGUGUGCCUGUACUGUCAGUGCAUAUCCUUCUGUUGUUGAGUACAGUAACCGCAUUAUGCAUUUUUUGUGUGUCGGCAGUAUUAUUUUUUACACGUUUCUAGUCUCAAUAAAAAUACUGUAACUCUUUAUUUCAAAAAGUCAAUGUGACAUAAUUGAGUUGAGAAUAUCAAUUUUAUGUUUGCACUAUUUAACUAGAAGUUGUCAAUAAGAUACUAUAGUUGAUGUCAGUAAUCAAUUCUGUUGCUUUCAAUAAGAAAUUUGUAGAAAAAUUCAUCCAUUUUUUAUCUUAAAAGUUGUGAAAAAGGAACUGUUUUUUUGCAUAGUUACAACUAAAAAAUCAUGGAAAAAGCUGAAAGUCAGUCAAAGACAAUGCGAAAGAAAAGUAGUAAAAUUGUGACUGCAGAAGUUGCCACUCAGCGUGUCCAAGUAGUAGUUAGAUGUCGUCCUAUGGAUGAUAAAGAAAGUGCACAAAAUUUUUCUAGUGUUGUAGAAAUAAUACCUGCUAGAGGAGUUGUGGAAAUUCGUAAUCCUCGAGACGAACCAAGUAAAGAUGCUGUUAAAGUUUUUUCAUUUGAUUCAGUAUAUGACUGUAAAUCCACUCAGCAAGAAAUUUAUGAGGAAACUGUAAGGCCUUUAGUAUCUUCAGUCCUUGAUGGUUUCAAUGGUACAAUUUUUGCAUAUGGACAAACUGGAACUGGAAAAACAUAUACAAUGGAAGGAUCUAAAAUUGAUUCAGAAAAAAGAGGUAUUAUACCUCGAUCAUUUGAACAAAUUUUCACUCAUAUUGGAAGAUCCAAAAAUAUACAAUAUCUUGUGAGUGCCAGUUAUUUAGAAAUUUAUCAAGAGGAAAUAAGAGAUUUACUACAACAGGAUCAAAAUUUACGUUUUGAGUUGAAGGAAAGACCAGAUACCGGAAUUUUUGUUAAAGAUUUGUCAAGUACAGUUUGCAAAAGUGCAGAAGAAAUUCAACAACUAAUGACUUUAGGGAAUCGAAAUCGAACAGUAGGUGCUACAAAUAUGAAUGAACACAGUUCACGAUCACAUGCAAUAUUUAUUGUAACUAUUGAAAUGGAUGACAAUUGUGGAAUUAGAGUAGGCCGUUUGAAUUUAGUAGAUUUAGCAGGAAGUGAGAGACAGAGCAAGACUGGAUCUUCAGGAGAAAGACUGAAAGAAGCUAGUAAAAUUAAUUUAAGUUUAUCAGCACUUGGCAAUGUUAUUUCAGCAUUAGUUGAUGGUAAAACAUCACAUGUACCAUACAGAGAUUCAAAAUUAACAAGACUCCUUCAAGAUUCCUUAGGUGGUAAUUCAAAAACAAUUAUGAUAGCAAAUAUUGGUCCAGCUAGUUAUAAUUAUGAUGAAACACUUACUACGCUAAGAUAUGCUAAUCGAGCUAAAAAUAUCAAAAAUAAGCCAAGAAUCAAUGAAGAUCCUAAAGAUGCACUGCUUAGACAAUAUCAAGAGGAAAUUCUACGCUUAAAAGAAAUGUUAGCUCAAAAAAAUUUGACGCGGCAAGAAAAGCCACCAUUAGAAAAUGAGGAACCUGAAGAAUCUACCAAUGAAAAACUACAACCAAAUCAGGAGGCAUCUGAUGCAGAAAAAAAAUUAAUCGCAGAACAACUCAAAGCUGAAAAAGAAGAAACUGAAGAAUUGACUAAACGGAUUUCGGAGUUAGAAAGCAAAAUGCUCUGUGGAGGAAGAAAUAUUAUUGAUCACACAAAUGAGCAACAAAAAGCAUUGGAACAAAGAGCUGUUGAAAUUGCAGAACGUAAAAAACGCGAAGUUGAAAUGCAACAAAAGCUUGAAGAACAGGAACUUACAAAUUUGGGUGUGCGUGAAACUUUCACCAAUUUACAACAAGAAGUUGAUGUAAAAUCAAGAAAACUACGAAAAUAUUAUGCAAAGUUGCAAGUUCUGAAACAAGAUUUAGAUGAUGUUACAAAUGAAUAUAACAGAGACAGAAGAGAACUUGAACAAACACAACAUGAAUUGAUGAAAGAGCUUAAAUUAAAAUAUCUUAUAAUAGAAAAUUUUAUACCUGUGGAAGAGAAACAUAAAAUUCUCUCUAGGGUUAAAUUUGAUGAAGAUGAAGAUUGUUGGGUCGUUAAAGAACUAGAAACAUCAAACUUUGAAAAUAUCAAGCGCCCAGUAUCAGUUCCUAGUUUAAGAAGACCAAUAUCUGAACAUGCAUGUACUGCUUUAGCCAUGGGUAAAGGUCCUAGAUAUGCAGGUGAAAAUAUAUUGAAUUUGGAUCUUGACAUGCCUGCUCGAACAACAUUAGAUUAUCAAAAACCAGUUAUUGCACCAACUAUUCAAGCUGUUUUAGAAAAAGCAUUAUGCGAUGAAGGUGAUAUUGAUGUUGAUGCAUCUAAUGCAAGUUUCACAUCCAGAUCACGUACGCAUACUGCACGAGCUAGACCAAAAAGUGUAGCUAGAAUGCAACAAAUUCCAGCUCCAGUAUAUCCCAAAACAAGAGGCUUAGUUCCAAAAUAGUCACAUUUUUAGUGUUUAUUUAUAUGCAAAAGAUAUCUGUAAAUAGUCAUUAAGCUUUAAAAUGCAAUUAACAUUACGAAAUGGCAUUAUUUACACUUAUCAUUCAUUGUUUAUGUGAUAUUGUCUACUUGAGUAUUUAAUAAUUAUUUAUUAACUUAAAUUACCAGAGACUUAAAUUAUUAUUUAUUAAUUCAGUCAGGAUGCUUUCAAAUUUACUAUAUAUUCAAACCAUUAAAUUUUACUGUAUUUUCAUAUUAUUGUAAUGUCUGCUUAUAAAAUUAAAUCAAAAUCUUAAUUA